CCUCCCUCUACCACAAUGAAGUAUUACUACCCGAACACACUUCCCAGGUACAGGCGAUAUGCAAGAAGCCUCAAGACUGUGCGAUUUCCCAAUGAUGUUCUCUUCCAGGACCACAUUCGGCAGGGUGACCUGGAGCAGGUGGGGCGUUUCAUCCGUGCCAGGAAGGUCACCUUGGACACCAUCUACCCCUGUGGUAUGGCCGCCCUCCAUGAAGCGGUGCUUUCUGGGAACCUAGACUGUGUCAAGCUCUUGGUGAAAUAUGGCGCUGACAUCAAUCAGAAAGAUGAGGAUGGCUGGACGCCUCUGCACAUGGCCUGCAGUGAUGGUCAUGCUGACAUUGCAAGGUACCUUAUCUCUCUUGGGGCCCAACGUGAUGCCACCAAUGAUGAAGGGGAGAAGCCAUCUGACCUUAUUGACCCUGAGUACAAGGAACUUGUAGAGCUUUUCAAAGCAGCCCGAGUGGACUAAGCUUCUGCCCCUCAGUUCUUUCCCAUCUGAAGUCCAGUCUCCAUUGCAAGCCAACACAUUUGUUGCAUGCAGGGAAGGAGGGUAGCAAAGUUGCCCCUACUAGGUUGGCAAGGAGUUGUAUGGACUACUAAAGAGACCACAAUUUGACUGCCUUGUGUUUGUAUGAGACUGGCUGCUCCAGGGUUUCUCAGAGGUAUGCUUGAGACAGCCCUUUCAAAAAGCAAUGUAACCUUCUGUACUAUGGCCCAUUGUCCAGUACCCGCUGGAGUCAGGCUUUAGCUAAAAUGGGAAUAAUGGCUCGGACAUACUGAUGGCACUGUUGUGCAAAGGUUCACAGAGGUGGCCAUGAGAUGAACUCGACUAGUACCAAUUUGCUGCAAGCAUACAUCUUCCGGUUUGCAUUUGGCAAUGACCAUGAUUCUAAAUAAUGCUAUCUCAGCAACAUUCAAACCAUUUUCCUGAACAGCCCUUACAUAAUUAUCCUGAUGAGAAAAUAGUCCCAAUUUCAAGUUGGCAACUGUACAUAUGGACUAUUCCA